AUGGAUUACCGGGACCGCGUUAUUGCUUUGUACCAGUGCUACGCGCCGGAAAAGAUGGCCGGCGUUGAUGCGCAGCUUUCGAAGUACGAGGGCCGUGAGGAGGAGUUUAUUCAGGCUAUUAUCAACAAGUACGGUCCAGAACCGGAUUCUGCGGAGGGAAUUGCCGAGAAUGAAUAUAAUGCCCAAGAAGGGGAAGAAGAUGAAUGGUAUGCGUACUAUCGCCAGCGUCUUGUGAACUUUUACACCAUUUACGCCUCAGAAAAGAUUGAUUCCGUCGACAAUCAGCUAAAAAAAUACGCUGGACGUGAGGAGCCACUUUUUGAGGCUUUGGUAGCCAAGUAUGGACCCGAGCCGGAAUACGAGAAUGCCGAUGAAAAUGAAAAAGAAGCGGCUGAUAAGACGAACCUUUCUUAUGAAAAUGUCGGUGAGAAUGAAAAUAAAACGGGUAGUAAAGAGAAACUUUCUUAUCGUGACAGAGUUGUAGCGUUGUACAACUUGUAUGUUCCCAGCAAGCUGGGUGACGUGGACGCGCAGUUGGAGAAGUACCGUGGCCGUGAGGAGGAGUUCAUUGCUGCAUUGGAGCAGAAGUAUGGUCCCGAGCCAUCAGUUGCGGAGAGUGCCUCAGCAGACUACCGCAGCCGUGUUGUGUCCAUCUAUGAGCGCUAUGCCCCUGGCAAGCUGGGUGACGUGGACGCACAGUUGGAGAAGUACCGUGGCCAUGAGGAGGAGUUCAUUGCUGCAUUGGAGCAGAAGUAUGGUCCCGAGCCAUCAAUUGCGGAGAGUGCCUCAGCAGACUACCGCAGCCGUGUUGUGUCCAUCUAUGAGCGCUAUGCCCCUGGCAAGCUGGGUGACGUGGACGCGCAGUUGGAGAAGUACCGUGGCCAUGAGGAGGAGUUCAUUGCUGCAUUGGAGCAGAAGUAUGGUCCCGAGCCAUCAGUUGCGGAGAGUGCCUCAGCAGACUACCGCAGCCGUGUUGUGUCCAUCUAUGAGCGCUAUGCCCCUGGCAAGCUGGGUGACGUGGACGCACAGUUGGAGAAGUACCGUGGCCAUGAGGAGGAGUUCAUUGCUGCAUUGGAGCAGAAGUAUGGUCCCGAGCCAUCAAUUGCGGAGAGUGCCUCAGCAGACUACCGCAGCCGUGUUGUGUCCAUCUAUGAGCGCUAUGCCCCUGGCAAGCUGGGUGACGUGGACGCGCAGUUGGAGAAGUACCGUGGCCAUGAGGAGGAGUUCAUUGCUGCAUUGGAGCAGAAGUAUGGUCCCGAGCCAUCAGUUGCGGAGAGUGCCUCAGCAGACUACCGCAGCCGUGUUGUGUCCAUCUAUGAGCGCUAUGCCCCUGGCAAGCUGGGUGACGUGGACGCACAGUUGGAGAAGUACCGUGGCCGUGAGGAGGAGUUUAUCGCUGCAUUGGAGCAGAAGUAUGUUUACGGCAGUGGGUCUGCAUUGCCGUCCUUAUAUGUAAGUGGAACUUUGUCGCCAGUUGUGUCAGAAAAGGCAGGUAGCUCACAUCAAAUGGUGCUUAUGGGAAUGGCCUUGACUACAAUUAUGGAAGAGGAGAGUGCCAGACGGCUGGAGCUGCUGGAGGCUUUUACUGCUGGAUUGAUGAGCCUCAGUAUGGAUGCCGAGUCCGAGAGGCGUUUGAAAGUGGAACAUCAGGAGCAAUUGGCGGCGGCUGUUUUUGAGGAGUUUUUUAUUCGACUUCAAAUUAUUGCUGAAGAGGCGAUGGGCCGUCCCGUAUUGGAGCAUCCGCACUUUCCGUUUGUCUCGGAUAAGAGUGCGGAUGCUGUGGCACGUUUCUUUGCGGCAUUGGGCACGACACAUGUGAACGGCAAAGCGUUUAUUAUGGCUUCAGCGUGUCGUCUUCUUUUUUUCGAGGCCGUUGGUGAGGAGUUGUUGGAGGAGCCACAAGGCGAACUUGUCUCGCUCGAGGAGUUCCGCCAGCUACUGACCCGCGCUUGUCACUGCGAGAAGGAUGUCGUGGCGAGGUUGCAGAGUUUCGUGUCGAUGGCAAAGCGACAGGAGCGACCUACAGUCCUCGCGGCACCUCAGGAGCUUUGCGCGGGUUUUUGGGCCUACAGAUGUGUGAAACCUUGCGUUGCGGAGGAUUGGCAGCGUGUGUGGGUCGUGCUGGAGAAUGACACACGGCUGGUGAUCCGGCGGCCGAAUAUAAAGAAGCCAGAGCUGACAAUCCCUGUCGGCCAAGUGAUUAAAUGCCAACUGUCGUCGAUGCUUGGGACCCAGGCACCACGGUCGUGUGCCAAGAACGGAUUGUACCUGCAGCUUUCAAGUGGCGUCAAUCCCGUUUUGUUGCUGUUAUGCCCUCAGCGUGUGGCAAAUGCACAAGCGCUCGUCAAAAUGUUUUUUCGCGGUGUUCCCCAAAAAACGUCGGGGAUGACGAGAGAUGUCGUCGCCGAAGCUAAAGAUACGCUAAUGAAUAAAGGUGAAGUUAAAAUUUCAGCUCCCGCUGCUGGUGAGAUUUGCCGAACUGAGGACGCAUGUGUUGCGACAAUUGUGUGGUGUUGUCGCGGUGGCUGCAGUAAAUUUGUUCGUUCCGUUUGGACUUUGGUGGGUGACUCCAUCGUGCACCAAGCCGUGGGGGAAAAGGAGAAUUUUACUUGGGGCCUGGCAACAGUGAGGGAUGUCUACCUCGUCAACGAGCUUGGCAUGAGGCCACCGGUGCCCACUGCAAAACAUGGUUUUGUUGUACUACUCGAAAAGGGAUCGCUGUUCUGCUGCACGGAGACUGCUGCUGCUCGCGACGCAAUUGUCGGCUACAUGAAGCGGGUGGUUUUCAAGCAUUUCCUUCAGUCAAAUCAAAAACGCGCCUCCGCUCUCACUUCACUCAUGACGGAGGAAAGUAAAGAAGGGAAGGGUGGUGCACCUCUGGCCUCCGCGAAGCACAGAGUACCCGGCGUUGCUCAUUCUUCAUCUCGCCGAUGA